AUGGCAGGUAAACGAAGGACUGUCCUCGUCACUGGGUGCAGCCGGGGCAGCAUCGGCGACGCGCUCGCUCGGGAGUUCCAUACAAAAGGCUUAACGGUUUUCGCGGCCUCGCGCACCCUCGAGAGCAUGGAGGGACUGUGCGCGCUCGGAAUCCGCACGCUCAUGCUCGACGUGACGGAUAUCGACGGGAUCCGACGCGCGAAGACCGAGAUCGCGGAGGCAACUGGCGGAACACUCGAUAUCCUAGUAAACAACGCUGGGCAAACAUAUGUCCGCACUGCCGCCGACUACGAUAUGGCGCGCGUGCGAGCUCUGUUCGAGGCCAACCUCUUCGGCGCAAUGGCUAUGGUGCAGGAGUUCCUGCCGCUGCUCAUCGCUUCGGGGGACGCCGUGAUCAUGAACAACGGCAGCAUCGCAGGCUUCUUGGCCUCGCCGUUCAGGUCCGCAUACAACGCGUCAAAAGCCGCGCUACACGCGUACUCCGAUACCUUGCGCAUCGAAUUGGCCCCCUUUAACAUCCGCGUCGUGACCCUCGUGACAGGCGGCGUGAAGAGUAAUAUCUCACAACCGGCGUCGCUCCCCCCGGAUUCGCUGUAUGCACCUAUGGCCGCGCUCUUCCAGGAAAGCUGCAGCCGUGUCGAGAGCGACGAAGCACGUAUGGCGACGGACGACUACGCGCGGGCCGUCGUUGCAGAGGCGCUGUGCGCGCGCCCGCGCCCGCGGCUCUGGGCGGGCUCGAUGGCCUGGUGGAUCUGGCUGGGGGACGCGCUGUUACCGCGGUGGGCAUGGGAUCUGCUUUUGACAAAGAUAUUUGGGCUGGAUGUGUUUGCGAAGAUGGUGGCUUCAGAGAAGAAGGAUGUGUGA